AUGGACCUAAAGAUGGAUUACGAUCCAGGUCUGAGCAGAGGAGGGAGUAUGCGGAGAAGCAUAAGCCGCAGUGUGAGCAGAGCAAGUAGAAACCUUGAGGACAUCUUCUCACCAAGCACUAGACGAACCAAGUCCGUCAACGAAGACGAAGAAGCUCUCAAAUGGGCUGCCAUCGAGAAACUCCCUACCUACAACCGUCUCCGGACCAGUCUCAUGCCCGCUCUCGCCGAAGACGACGUCUACGGCAACCAGAUCCUCAACAAGGAAGUGGACGUGACAAAACUCGACGGCGAAGAACGUCAGAAGUUCAUCGACAUGGUCUUCAAAGUCGCCGAGCAGGACAACGAACGAAUCUUAACCAAGCUGAGGAACAGGAUCGAAAGAGUCGGGAUCCAGCUUCCGACAGUGGAAGUGAGGUUCGAUCAGUUGACUGUGAAAGCCGACUGUUACACUGGUGACAGAUCUCUUCCUUCGCUUACAAACUCCGUGAGAAACAUGGGAGAAUCUCUUCUAGGCAUGGUCGGAAUUCAACUUGCCAAGCAACAACAGCUUACUAUUCUCAAAGAUGUCUCUGGAAUCGUCAAACCUUCAAGGAUGUCGCUUUUGUUGGGACCUCCUGCUUCAGGGAAGACCUCGCUUUUGUUGGCUCUCGCCGGUAAACUAGACAAAUCUCUUGACGUCUCUGGGGAAGUAACUUAUAAUGGUCACGGCCUCAACGAGUUUGUUCCAAUCAAAACCUCUGCUUACAUUAGCCAGAACGAUCUUCAUGUCGGUAUCAUGACCGUCAAGGAGACUCUUGAUUUCUCUGCUAGGUGUCAAGGCGUUGGUGCCCGUUACGAUCUUCUAAACGAGCUAGCUAGGAGAGAAAAAGACGCAGGGAUUUUCCCAGAAGCAGAUGUUGAUCUAUUCAUGAAGGCCUCUGCUGCUCAAGGUGUCAAGAGUAGUAUCAUCACUGAUUACACUCUCAAAAUUCUAGGGCUUGACAUUUGCAAGGACACAAUAGUUGGAGAUGACAUGAUGAGAGGAAUUUCAGGAGGGCAGAAGAAGCGAGUGACAACAGGGGAGAUGAUUGUUGGUCCUACUAAGACUCUGUUCAUGGAUGAGAUAUCCACAGGGCUUGACAGCUCCACAACUUUCCAAAUAGUUAAAUGCCUUCAACAGAUCGUUCACCUCACUGAAGCCACCGUGGUCAUAUCUCUUCUCCAGCCUGCUCCUGAGACGUUUGAUUUGUUCGAUGAUAUAAUCCUCUUGUCGGAGGGACAGAUUGUGUACCAGGGACCUAGAGACCACAUUCUAGAAUUCUUUGAGAGCUUUGGCUUCAAGUGCCCUGAAAGAAAAGGAACAGCUGAUUUCUUGCAAGAGGUUACCUCUAAGAAAGAUCAAGAACAGUAUUGGGUGGAUCAAGACAGACCUUACAGAUACGUUCCGGUUUCAGAAUUCGCCAGCAAAUAUAAAACAUUCCACGUUGGGGAACAGCUUUUCAAGGAGCUAUCAGUACCGUUGGACAAGUCCAAAGGCCACAAAGCAGCACUAGUGUUUGAAAAGUACUCAAUCAAGAAAACAGAGCUCCUCAAAACCUGUUGGGACAAAGAGUGGAUGCUCAUGAAGCGAAACUCCUUCUUCUACGUCUUCAAAACGGUCCAAAUCAUCAUCAUCGCGGCGAUCACGUCAACAGUUUUCCUCAGAACAGAGAUGAGUACAAGGAACGAGAACGACGCCAACAUGUACAUCGGCGCACUGAUAUUCGCACUGAUCGUCAACAUGUUUAACGGUAUGGCUGAGAUGGCCAUGACGAUCCAGAGACUUCCCGUGUUCUACAAGCAAAGGGAUCUUCUGUUUCACCCACCUUGGACAUACGCGCUUCCUACUUUCUUGCUAGGGAUUCCAAUCUCCAUCUUCGAGACAACGGCGUGGAUGGUGGUGACGUAUUACACCAUAGGUUAUGCACCGGACGCAGACCGGUUCUUCAAACAGUUCUUGAUCGUGUUUUUGAUCCAGCAGAUGGGUGCAGGGAUAUUCAGGUUCAUUGCAUCAGUUUGUAGAACAAUGACCAUAGCCAACACCGGAGGUAUGCUCGUUCUACUGAUCGUGUUUUUGACCGGAGGUUUCCUUCUUCCUCGAACUAAGAUUCCGGAUUGGUGGGGAUGGGCUUUUUGGAUAUCUCCUCUUUCGUACGCUUUCAAUGCCAUCAGCGUCAAUGAAUUUCUUGCUCCUAGAUGGAUGAAUGAAGUGUCUUCCGACAACACGACGAGGUUGGGAUCAAUGGUGCUUAACAUGUGGGAUGUGUAUGAUGAUAAGAACUGGUAUUGGAUUGGAAUUGGAGGCUUACUUGGUUUCAUUGUCGUCUUCAACGGUCUUUUCACACUGGCACUUACUUAUCUGGACCCCCUUGGGAAGCCACAAGCUUUACUUCCAAAAGACGAAGAGGCUGAACAGAAAAACAAACAUGCAAAUGGAUCCAACGGGGACACCAAGAGAGGAAUGGUUCUUCCUUUCAAACCUCUAGCUCUGUCCUUUGACGACGUUAAAUACUUUGUUGACAUGCCUGCGGAAAUGAGGGAACAAGGAGUUCAAGAAACGAGGCUACAACUUCUAAAAGGAGUCACAAGCUCUUUCAGGCCAGGAGUCUUGACAGCGUUGAUGGGUGUGAGCGGUGCGGGGAAAACAACAUUGAUGGACGUUUUGGCCGGAAGAAAAACAGGUGGUUACAUUGAAGGAGACGUGAGAGUAUCUGGAUUCCCCAAAAAACAACAGACAUUUGCUAGAAUCUCUGGUUACUGUGAACAAACAGACAUCCAUUCUCCACAAGUUACCGUGAGAGAAUCACUUAUCUUCUCUGCUUUCCUUCGCCUUGCUAAAGAAGUAAGCAAAGAAGAGAAAAUGAUGUUUGUCGAUCAAGUUAUGGAGCUAGUGGAGCUUGUCGAUCUUAGAGACGCGAUCGUUGGUCUACCUGGUGUCACGGGUCUCUCCACGGAACAGAGAAAGAGGUUAACGAUCGCGGUCGAGCUAGUGGCUAACCCUUCGAUCAUCUUCAUGGACGAGCCUACUUCAGGUUUGGAUGCUAGAGCAGCUGCUAUCGUGAUGAGAGCGGUGAGAAACACGGUGGACACUGGGAGGACUGUGGUCUGCACUAUCCAUCAACCGAGCAUUGAUAUAUUCGAGGCGUUCGACGAGUUACUACUGAUGAAGAGAGGAGGACAAGUGAUCUACUCAGGUCCCUUAGGUCAAAACUCUCACCAGAUUGUUGACUACUUUGAAGCCAUCCCUGGAGUGCCAAAGAUUCCUGAAAAAUACAACCCUGCCACGUGGAUGCUUGAAGCUAGCUCCCUUGCGGCAGAGUUGAAGCUUGGAGUUGACUUCGCUGAGCUUUACAAGUCUUCUUCUUUAUGCCAGCGAAACAAGAAGCUGGUUCAAGAACUGAGCGUGCCACCGGAAGGAGCGUCUGAUCUCUACUUCGCGACGCAGUUUUCUCAAAACACGUGGGGACAAUUCAAGUCAUGUCUGUGGAAGCAGUGGUGGACUUACUGGAGAUCUCCUGACUACAACGUAGUCCGUUUCAUCUUCACAUUAGCAACAGCUCUCAUGAUCGGUACCGUCUUCUGGCAAAUCGGAGGCAAGAGAUCAAACGUACAAGACCUGACGAUGGUGGUCGGAGCGAUCUACGCAGCGGUUUUAUUCGUCGGAGUAAACAACUGCUCAACAGUGCAACCACUUGUAGCAGUGGAAAGAACAGUGUUCUACAGAGAAAAAGCAGCUGGCAUGUACUCAGCUUUACCUUACGCCAUCUCUCAAGUGACUUGCGAGCUACCAUAUGUGUUGAUCCAGACCGCUUACUACUCGAUCAUCGUCUACGCUAUGGUUGGAUUCGAAUGGAAAGCUUCAAAGUUCUUUUGGUUCCUCUUCAUCAACUACUUCUCUUUCCUCUACUGGACUUACUAUGGAAUGAUGACUGUCUCUCUCACGCCUAACCAGCAAGUUGCUUCGAUCUUUGCGUCUGCGUUCUAUGGUAUCUUUAAUCUCUUCUCUGGCUUCAUCAUCCCUAGACCGCAGAUUCCAAAGUGGUGGGUUUGGUAUUACUGGAUCUGCCCUGUCGCUUGGAGCAUAUACGGUUUGAUCACUUCUCAGUACGGUGACGUGGAUACUCUCAUCUUUCAAGUUGGUGGUCCAGCUGACCUCACUGUGAAGCAAUACAUUAAAAACCAAUAUGGUUUUGAAUCAGAGUUCAUGGGACCUGUCGCUGGCGUUCUUGUUGGAUUUACUGUCUUCUUUGCCUUUGUCUUCGCCUUUUGCAUUAGGACUCUCAACUUCCAGACUAGAUAA